GAGGAGCGCUUCCACCCCCAAGAGGCCACGCGUAGGCGGGGCGCUUCAUGCGGAAGUCGGCGGCGUCCGGUCCCGGCGUCCGGUCCCAGCCUGCUCUGGGAGCUGGCAGUUGGCGACGCUUCGCUGACCCGCGCCCCUCGGUCCCGAGCCCGCGCGCCCUUAGAGGGUGCCCGGACAGACUGAAGCCAUGGCGAUUCUUUUUGCUGUUGUUGCCAGGGGGACCACUAUCCUUGCCAAACAUGCUUGGUGUGGAGGAAACUUCCUGGAGUUAUUUGUUUCAUUACAUCUGCCAAGACAGGAUUGUAUAUCUUUGUAUCACUGAUGAUGAUUUUGAACGUUCUCGAGCCUUUAAUUUUCUGAAUGAGAUAAAGAAGAGGUUCCAGACUACUUAUGGUUCAAGAGCACAGACAGCACUUCCAUAUGCCAUGAAUAGCGAGUUCUCCAGUGUCUUGGCUGCACAGCUGAAGCAUCACUCUGAGAAUAAGGGCCUAGACAAAGUGAUGGAGACUCAAGCCCAAGUGGAUGAACUGAAAGGAAUCAUGGUCAGAAACAUAGAUCUGGUAGCUCAGCGAGGAGAAAGAUUGGAAUUAUUGAUUGACAAAACAGAAAAUCUCGUGGAUUCU